GUCGGCGUGUCUUGUAUUGGCGAUCCUUUUGCGUUUUAAUAUAAAAGAAUUUAUAAUUAUAUUUUUUAUUCGUCCUUAAAAGCUUUGGAAAAUUCCGCUCGAAACCGAGAAAAAAGAGGGGGAAGCUUCAUUCCAGGGCUUUUUUGUUUGGAGAGAGUUUGCUUGCCCGGAGGGCUCCUGCCUUUACAAGUACCAACUAGAUUAUCAGCCUGAACCCCCGUGGGAACCAAAUUGAAACUUUUCCCAGUUAGCUGAUUUUUUCAAGAAUUUCUGAUUGAUACCCAUUUUGAAGACAUUGAUAUUUUGAAACAAUCUUUACAACGAAAUAUGAAAGACAUCGGAUCAUCUGCUUCAUCCUCAUCAUCACCAAUGAUCAACGAAACAAUGUACGCUAACUUUGACAAUGAUUUAUCUGAAGUUGUUUGUGACAAAAUUAAAAUCACCGAAACUGAAGACAACUUUGAUGCAUUUUAUGUUGCUGAUAUGGGAGAUAUUGUGCGUAAGCACAAGAUUUGGAAAGCUUUGCUCCCCAGAGUUCAGCCUUUUUAUGCUGUGAAAUGUAAUGACAAUGCUGAAGUCUUGAAAGUUUUGGCAAAGUUGGGAACUGGAUUUGAUUGUGCUAGCAAGGGAGAGAUUCAAAAAGUGUUGGAUUUAGGUGUGUCUUCGGAUCGCAUUAUUUAUGCCAAUCCUUGCAAGCAGUCAUCUCACAUCAAAUAUGCAGCUCGUCACCAUGUGGAAUUCAUGACUUUUGAUAAUGAAACUGAACUUCUUAAAGUCAAGGAAUAUCAUCCUAACGCUAAAUUGGUAGUGCGCAUUCUACCACCAGCAAGUGACAAAUGCCAAUGUGAAUUAGGAAUGAAGUUUGGAUGCCAUCUAAAGCAUGUGGCCAAAUUACUGCAGUUGGCCAAAAAGUUGGAGCUGGAUGUCAUCGGAGUCAGUUUUCACGUUGGCAGUGGCUGCUAUGAUUCAAACGCUUAUUUGUCAGCUGUCAAAUCUGCUCAUGAAGUGUUCAGUGUAGCUCACAGUGAAGGGUUCCAGUUUAAUCUGUUAGACAUUGGAGGGGGAUUUCCAGGACAGCCGAAUGCCAAACUAAGUUUCAAUGAGAUUGUUGAUGUUUUAAAGCCAGCGCUGGAUGCAUUGUUUCCCGAGGAGUCAGGGGUGCAGAUCAUUGCAGAGCCAGGUCGUUUCUUCGUCGCUUCAGCAUUCACUUUGGCAGUAAGUGUUAUCUCCAGCAGGCAGGUUCCAAGUGAAAUUCAAGGUGGCGAACCCUCGUACAUGCACUAUGUCAAUGAUGGUGUUUAUGGAUCUUUCAAUUGCAUCUUAUUUGAUCAUGCUGAAGUCGAAGCAUUACUUCCAGAGUUAAAGAAGUAUGAGGACCAACCCCUGUACCAGUGUAGUCUUUGGGGUCCAACUUGUGAUGGGUUGGACUGCAUCAUCAAGGACUGUCGUCUUCCUCGUCUCACAACUGGAGAUUGGUUGGUGUUCAAAGACAUGGGUGCUUACACCAUGAGUGCUGCUUCAUGUUUCAACGGUAUGCCGAAACCAAAGUGCUACUAUUUCAUGAAGAACGUCGUCAUGGAGCUAUUAAACGAUGAUGCCCAUGACAUCGUCUGCUGCUCACUGGUAGCAAAUGUGGCCGCCACCACUCUCAUAUUGCAGCCUCCGCUUUCAUCCUCGCCAGUCAACUUGAUGGAUUAUAAUUUCUUGAAAGCAGGACACAAUGUUGACAGCCCACAAAUUGACCUGUCCAUGGUACCAUUAGAAAUUUAAUGUAGCCUAACUACGUUUUGGCUCGGUUUUUGGUGGGUUUACGACAUUUAUGAACUUAUAUGUUGAUGUUAGUUCAUAUUUCAUGUGACUUUUCUUUAUAUUAUUGUCAUCAGAAUUUUUAAAAAAGUAUGAGCGUGAGAAACUGAAGUGGAAAAUUUAUCUUUCUUUUUACCAUAUUUAUUAGCUGCUUUAUUUAUUUGAUCACCAAUAUGUGUACAACAAAAAAUUAUUGAUUGGGUCACAUUUUAUUUCUCACCAAUGGUUGUGAAUUAAUAAAUUAGUGUAAUUCUAUUUUGAUUUUAUUUCUUAAGAUCUGCGUUACUAAUUUAAAUAUGGUUUUAAUUCAAAAUUUUUAAAAGUUUUUGUAAAAGUUCUAUUUGACAAUUCCAGUUAUACAAGAUUUUUUAAACACAUUUUGGCGUAGUUAUCUGUAUGUCAUUAGUUUUUUCAGUCCAGUACCUAUGUUUUACUGCAUGCAUGCACCAAAUGUAAUGCCCUAGAAUCAUCAUCUCCCUCUGGUUUUUAAUGCGAUCACUGUUUUUACUGGUCCACCUUUUAAAGUUGACUAUUAAAAUUUAUUAUACGGGUGCUUAUUAAUCAUUAUUCUGAAUAUAAGCUAUUUAUUCUCAUUUGUUUAAAGGCGUACCAUUAAAAAUUGUUUCAUCUGUUUUAUUACAAAAACAUCCAUAUGAUUUUUCUUGUAGUACUUUACAUAUAAAUCAAUCUUAAUGUCAUGUUGAGCUGUAAUGCUACUUACCGAAAUCGCAUAAAGAGUGUAUUUCAGAUUCUGGUUCCCUCUUAGCCACAUUUGAAUAUUUGUUUGAAAGUAUAAAUAAUUAUAUGUGCAUUAUAUGUUAGGAAGAUUGAGAUUUUCAUGUGUGCAGUUAUAUGAAAAUGUCACUGCACUUUUUAUAUUCAAGUAUUUAUUUUUUUCAUGUUCCUCAAUUUAUCAACGAAGAUAAAAAUAAUAAAGUUAA